CUAACAUACAGAGCCUUCUCAACUACACGCAGCCCUUCACCAGCGAACAGAUCCAAAUACUAGGGAUGAACCGCCUGGCGCUGGCGUCAGGCCUGAUGCUCAACCGCACUCUUAGAAGAUACUCCAUCUCUGCCGAGGACCUCAGGAAGCUCGUGACGACCAUCCAGAACACAGCAGGCAGCACCGCCAAAGCCAAGCUGAUGCUGAUCAAGAAUAAAGUGUUCGAAGUUGCCUCUGGUGGAGGGACGACGCUGGACCUGAACGCCGUGCCUGACGAGCUCCUGAGCGUGGCGCCCUUGCAGUACCUCGAUGGUCUGUCCAUCACCAGCAGGAUCUCCGCGCUGGGCAGAAAUGCCUCCUACAAUACGGCACAGAUGGCCACCCUCAUCUCAGGCAUUGGUUCAGACCGACUCAGUGAUGUACCCAGCAACGCCAAGGAGGCCCUCCCCACCAAAAUAUACAAGGACCUCAGCAAGGGCGAAUUGUUGGCGGGGGCGGUCGGAAUGCUUCCAUCAUCCAAGAUGGGUCUUACGAUAUCGGACAAAACCUUCAAGACAGCGGUGAACAUGAACUUGGAUGCCGAUGCGGCCAUGUUUAUACAGAAGAUGGAUGUCUUCAACAUCCCGCCGUCCGACAUCAUCCAGCAGCUUGAGUACAUGAAAGAUGUCUUCCCUUCAAUCGACGCGUGCUGGAUUCUCCAGCUUAUCUACAUGAACUACUCGAAGAUGGAGAUGCUGGUGGAGUGGGGCGAAAACGGUCAGCUUCUCACACCCUACACCAUUGAGCUCAUGCCUCUCUGCGUCGCUACAGAUUUGAGCCGCCAGAAUCGCAUUGGGAAACUAGAUGAGGUCAGUAAGAGAAUCCUGCUGGAGCGCCUCGUCUUGGACAAGAAGAUAUUUUUGACCUACCGCUCCAUCACCGAAAUGGGCAUAGAAGAGAUCAUAUAUGAAGGACUCAGGGCUAAGGGAUGGCCGAGUGUAUUAACGGGGGCGGACGUGAAAAUGUACGGGGAACUUCUGCUAUUCUUCCCCUUGGACCUUCUGAACGCUGUGACUGCAGAAGGACUUCCUAUCCUCAUCGAAAUCUUCAACUCACUGGCGUCGAGCGUCUUGAUGCCGUGUCUUAGCAGAGGCACACAAGAAGCCGUUGAAAAUCUCAUCUUUAAGUAUAAAGGAGACGACCCGCAAACAUGGCGGCAAAUAUCGGAGAUGUGUUGCCUGCUAUACAUCCUGUCACCCGAGACGAUAAGCCGCAUCCCCCGCGGGGCCCUCAUGUCCUGUCGGUGCCACAUCGCCGACCGUGCCCAGUACUCCUCAGAUGACGAUAUUCGUGAGCUUGAGUGCCCCAACACAUUUAAUUACGGCAUCGAAUUCCAACGCAAGAACGUCCUUCGAGCUCAGGCCCGGGCAGCGCUUGACAUCCUCGACCUCAACAAUGUACCCGGCUACAACCCCAGCGGCAGGAGGAAGAGAGCUGUGAGCAACAUCGCGCUGUGCAACCGCGCGUCGGUGAGCGGCGCGGACGACAUCAGCAACGGUGAACUGAGCGCCGCGUCUCCUAACGAAAUCAUGGAAUGCCUGGCAGCCCUUGGGGAGCGCUACAUGAACGACUCAAAAGCCCAGGUCCUGGCGAACAAAGUGCGAGAUUCUCUGAGCCCGCGAUCUUGGUCGUCUCUAACGAACGAUCUCAUGCGUGACAUGAACUUCAUCAUGAAGGGCAUCCCGGCCAACGAAAUUCGUGACCUCCCUGCUUUCUCUCCACCCACGCAAUUCUACGACGCCGUCGUUGUCUUGGGAAAUGAGAAAAUGAUGUUCUCCGACGACCAGGUUACGACUUUUCAGCGCGAGUGCUAUAAGUGA